AUCCACGCGCCCAUUUGCCAGCCCACCCUGGCACAGCACCCAGUCCACGCCACUCAGGACCGACUGAGGAGGAGGACACACCCUUGCCUCCCGCCUGGGCUCUCACUGGCCGGGUCCUGAUGGACAGGUCGGCCCGCCCCUGCGGGUGCCCUGCCGGGAGACAUAAAGCCUGCCAGGCCGCUCCUGGGGCACCUCUGCCAUCGCCAUGAAGGGAAGCAGCACCCUCCUGCUGGUGGCCGCCGCCCUGCUCUGCACCUGCGGGCUGGCCGCGGACGAGGACAACAACGAGUUCUUCAUGGACUUCCUGCAAACGCUGCUGGUGGGGGACCCGGAGGAGCUCUACACCGGGCCCCUGGGCAAGUACGAGGUCAACGCGGCGUGCAGGGAGGCGCUGACCACGCUCAAGUCCUGCAUAGACGGCCUGCAGCCCACGUACAAGGCAGAGCUGAUCAAGCUGCUGGUGCUUGUGCUGGGCUGAGCACGGCGCCGAGGGACCCGGACGUGGCCACGAGCAGCCACAGGACCAGCUACACGAGCCGCCGUGGCCACGCCACCCACUGCCACUUCCCCAGCGUGAUUUUAUCCACAACCGUUCAAUCAAUAAAGCCUCCUGC